CGCCGUUAUUUCAGUCCCUUAAGGUCGUUGUAUAAGAAAGAGCGGCUAAUUUGGCUCAGUCUAAACUGCCUGAUAUGUCCAUCGAUCCUCAGGGCAAUGAAGUUGGAAAGCUGUUUGUGGGAGGGCUGCAUCAGUCUACAACUAAUGACUCCCUUAAACUAUAUUUUUCGAAAUUCGGAGAUAUUGAAGAGUCGACAGUUAUGAUGGACAACAGAACCGGUCGAUCAAGAGGCUUCGGUUAUGUCAAGUUUAAAAACGAUGAAUCUGUCGAUUGGGUUCUGAGACAAAAAACUCACCUAAUUGACCUUAAAGAAGUCGAUCCUAAACGGUGCAAUGUUAACAUGAAAGGAAAGAAUCGUCGUAGCCUCAAGGUGUUUGUUGGAGGAAUUGCCUUUGAUCAUGAUGAAAAUAUAAUUAGGAAUUUCUUUUCUAGCUAUGGAAGGGUUACCGACGUUAACUUACUAGCAGGCCAAACCAAACCACGCCAUAGAGGCUUUGCAUUUGUUGGGUUUGACGAUGAAGAGGUGGUUAGGAAUCUCAUCAAACUGCACUACUUAAACCUGAAUGGGAAACAGGUUGAAAUAAAAGCAAUGAAACCACCUAAUACUCAGAAAUCUGACUACCAGGUCUCUUCUAACUCAGUACCAUCUGUUCAAGGAAACGGACGUCCUGUUCGUAGUGUUCAAAAGAAACAAUAUGUUACAUCUCAACCCAACGGUUCCUGUGCAACCUGGAGUCACUGGCCUGGAAACUGGGGUUCUCAUGGGCAACCUCAAGCUUGGCCUUCUUUGGGCUGGGCUAAUGCAAAUCCCAAUCCUCCACAUAAUGGCCAAACUGGAGUUGGUCCUGGCCCUCCUCUACAAAAUAUUGGUACACCACUGGGAAACUGGCCUGAUCAUUCUAUCAAUUCUACAAAUGGUUGGAUGCCUGCAGCUUGGGGUCACCAAAUCGCUGCACCUACGACGGCAAGUCGCAUUCACACAUUAAAUGAUGACUCACUAUACAAUCAACAAUCUGUACACAAGUCUCAGCCCGGUUGGGAUUCAAUCUGUUUAGCUCCGCUGGGGACUGUACCUGGUUCUGGGCAUAAUUCUCUUGAUCCAUUAGUCAAUUCCAUUGACUCUUGGAAUCAUUCAGCUGCUGCUGGUCUUUGCCAACUAGCUCCACCUUCUUUAAGUUCAAGUUUGGCCUUGGGCGCCCCAUCGAUUGUUCCUGGUGGCUGGAAUCACGGUAAUGCCGUAUCACGUUCUCUGAACAGUCACUGGACAGGACCUACUUCCUCCGUUAUUCCAGGUCCUAGGCCACCCAACCAUUUGGCUGCUGGUUAUAUUAACGAAGCACUCCCUACACAUCAAAAUGGAGCUUCUAUAUCCGGAAUGGCAACAGCUGCUGCGAUUGGUCUUGGUAACUCCCCUGGUUGUCCACCGAUGCCUCAUUGGUCAUCAACAGGAUCUGUAGAUCCAAGUGAGUUUUCUAAC